GUUGGUAUUGAUUGUAUGUUUGUUUUCAUGUCAGAAUGGGCAGAACAUUAUGAUGAAACUUCCGUAGAAGAUCAAAUGGGUGCAACAUUGGAGAAAUGUGGUGGAUCUAUUAGUAUAACAUCUUUAACUGAUAUCAUAGCUUUUCUUAUUGGUGUUUCACCAAGGUUUAUCAAUAUAAGAAACUUUUGUGUUUAUACAGGUAACCAAUUUUAA